CGCGCGGUAUCCCGAUAUUCUUAGCUGCUUACGUUCCGACAGAUCCUCCGUGAAGGGCAGGCCGGCGGUCCGGCUAUGGGGAAGUUUGUUGGGAGCUGAAGCGGAGGAGGUCUUGGCAUUCCUCUAGGGAACGAGGCGGGUCCCGGGUGAUGUUUGGUGUGGGGUCUAGGAGAGGCCCAGGCGAAGCAGGCAGUGGGGGCCUGUGAGGAAGCUGGGGGCGGCGAGAGCUGCGAGUUUGCGCUUGGGGUUCUACCAAGCAGGAACAAUGGAACCAGAGGAGAACAAUUUGGUGGACCUUUCUGAUUAUGAGGUGGUAGAAGAUGAAACUUUUCAACCUUUUCCACCUCCAGCCUCUCCAGGAAGGGAUGAUGCUGGAGAAAAUGAGCCCACCACAGAAACAAGGAGGGAUCAGAUGGGAGAUAUGCCUGUAGCUACAAAGAAAGCUGUAAAAAGAAAUUUGCCUAAGUUAGAUGCUCAGAGAUUAAUUUCAGAAAGAGGACUUCCUGCAUUAAGGCAUGUAUUUGAUAAAGUAAAAUUCAAAGGUAAAGGCUAUGAGGCUGAAGAUUUGAAGACAUUAAUCAGACACAUGGAGCACUGGGCACAUAGACUAUUCCCUAAACUGCAAUUUGAGGAUUUUAUUAGUAGAAUAGAGCAUUUGGGAAAUAAGAAGGAAGUUCAGACCUGCUUAAAACGAAUUCGACUUGAUCUUCCUAUUAUACAUGAGGAUUUUAUUAAUAAUGAUGAUGAUAAAGCAGAAAGUAAUGAAUUUGAGACAGCUACCACAGACUUUGAUUCCUUGUUUGCAAAUCCAGUUGAUAAAGAAAUAUUUGCUUCUCAAUCAAAUACAACUUUAACAGAGGAACAGCAGCAAAGAAUUGAAAAGAAUAAACAGUUAGCCUUGGAAAGGAGGCAGGCAAAACUGUUAAAUAACAUUCAGUCCCAAGAAAAGGAUUUGUCAGUUAUUGUGCCCCAGACACAGGCAUCUGAAAAGAAUAGUACAAGUGAUAUUCAAGAAGAGAAUUUAAAUGAGUUCAAUGAAGAAAAUCCAGAAAUCUCGGACAGUACUGCCAAUUCUGCAGAUAUAGAUGAUGACUUCCAGAACUCAGGAGUAAAUGAAGCCAUUUAAAAUAUGCAACAAUAAUUAGCCAACUAAUCUUUUCAAGGCAUUUAAAUGUCAACAGUUGUUUGCCUCAUUCAUCUUAGUAAUAGCUGCUUAUCUGCUUAUCCUCCAAUUUAACACACAGAGAUUUGUUGUGUUUUUUCCAUAGUGGGUAAAAACAAUGUAAGUGUUUAACUUUAUUAGAAGUCUUUUCAAGAUCUGGCCCACUUGUUUAUAUUUGUCCUAUUUAUUUAAAUUAGUCUAAAUUGUCAUAGGCUUUAUAGCUUCUUCUACUUGUCUUUUUAUAUAAAUAGAUCUUUUGUUAGCAUAUAAUUUAAAGGUCCUAUGUUUUAAUGAAAAGUGCUUAAUAUUUUAAGAUAUAAGAAUAAUUAUACACUUUAUUUUUUUGUAAAACAAGUGAAUAAAGUUCUUUUACAGAAGA